GGGAUAAAUGCCCGCACAAGUCAGCCAUUCCAUUCGAUAUUUUUAACUGGUUGUGAACAGGUUGUGCGACCUAACUGUGCUGCUAUUCUUCUGCGUUAACUACUGUGAGUGAAAUUAUUGAUUUUGUCUGCUGCAGCUGAACUUCUAGGAGACUUCUGAAAAAGUUAAAAACGAUUACUGUUAGUUUUCAAUCGUGAGUCAGAAUGUAUUCCAAUACUUUGGGAAGCUUAGAAGAAGAUGCAAAACUAAGCGCAAUGCAGCGUGCUUGGCAAUCGAGGAAAGGGUUGAGCUCAUCGAUUUUCAAUGAAAUACCUGAAACUGAAAACAUACUUGAUUUGGUACAGAAAAAACAAUGUACAACGACCUUGACUACACCUGCUCUUUAUCGUAAGGAAAAUGAAAAUCAGGAACAAUUUUUCCAAACUGAGGAAGUCACAAGGGUAGAGCCAGUAGCUGAGAAAAGACGAGAAACUUCUUUGACAUUAGAUGCUUCAAAAUUGGGUGACUUCCCGGCACGCUAUGUCAUAUGUUCCCUGAAGGAAUACCAGUUUCCUAUUGUUGGAGUCUACUGCGACCCAAGAGUCAUUUCAGGCUUCAAAUACCGUGUUAGGCCUUUACCAAAAAUCGGUGAAGACUCUACCAAACACAAAUGCCUAUUCAACAACAGGGCUCUAACCCUCAGAAGUAUCGGUCGUGGAUACGCAAGAAGGUUCACCUUCGAAGCUGACAAGAAUAAAUUGAACGAUAAUGACAACUACUUCUGGAGCGACAACAGACCUGAAGGUUUCGCCUUCGAAAUAGAGGCCGUGACUGAAGGGGACAAGUUCACCAUCUUCGAUUUGAACAAUGAAGCCCAAGGAACAUUGGAGAUCCUGAACACUGAGGGUAAUCAAAUCGAGAUAAGCAACAAUGUUACAGGUAAAGGUAUCGAGAAAAGGAUUCAAGUCAAGUUUAUUGGCAAAGUGGAGUUCUAUGAAACCGGGGUAGCCAAACCAAUACCGCUAUCUGGUACUGCCAUGUACGUCAAAGCCAAAGGAAAGAGUAUGGCCGAAAUUGCCAAGAUAACCAACGUCUUGAUUAAAAACCGCAAGUAUAUUCUGAGACCUGGAGUGGACACCACAAAGAGAAGGGUCACAGUUAGAGGCUCUGACAUCAAAGAUAUUCCAACAAAAUACACAAUGACUGGGCUGAAGAGUUACGAGAUUCCUGUAGUUGGUACUUAUGUAGAUCCAAGAAUUAUUCCUGGGUUCUAUUACCGAGUUAGACCAAAUGACAGAAAAAGUCAUUUGUUCAACGGAAAGACUCUCAAACUGAUGAGCAUUGGAAUGGGCUACGCAAAAAGGCUCACUUUUGAAUCUGAAUCAAAGAUUGAGAAUGACAACUAUUUAUGGUCUGACAAUCACCCAGACGGAUUAGGUUUGGAACCCCGAGCAGUUCAUGAAGGAAUGAAAUUCAAAGUAACUGCAGGAGGUCAUGUUCUUGGCGAAGCUACCGUCUUCAGAACAGACAACCCGCAAAUAGAAGAGAAAAUGGAAAAGAUACCAACAAAGGACGGCAAAUUUGCAAUUCAGAAAUAUAUCCACGUCGAUGUAAUCUGUCAUGUAAGAUUGACUACACCCGGCCGAUGUUCAACAGACAGCGAACAAUACCUUAUGAGAGUUUGUGGACUUGCCGUCGUACGCAAAGAACCUAAUAGUAUCAAUUCCAGGGUACUGAGGGUUGAAAAAAUUGGUGUAGAUUCUGAACUUGAGAUUUUAUUCCGGCAGUCGAAUUACGAGCUGAUAUUCUUACCAUGAAUUCAUGUGGGUUUCUUGCAGCCAGUGUUUUUGUUAUUUAUUGGAGCUAGACUAGGAAUUUGUACUGAUGACAAGAUUAAGACUUCCAUAUUGUUAAUUGUAAGUGUUGCUAUUUUAAUAAAUGAAACCCCUGAUUUGUUUAGUA